AAAGUGCGCAACUGCGCUGAUCGGCAUCUUUUUCUUUGCUUUGGUCCUAAAUUUUCGCUAAAAACUCUGAAAGGAGGAGUUGCUUUUUCGUAAUUUCUACUACGGAGGCGUGCAACAUCACCAAGUGUUCACAAUGAAUAACUCCGCGGCUAAGGUGGGUGAGAUCUUCCGCGAGGCGGGCGUGGCGUUCACCAAGCUCUCGGAGAUGACCAUGCUGCUGCACCCCAUGGGCGACUCUCAGCCGGGUGGCAAGUGGACGGAGGAGGAGGUGGAGAUGCUGCGCGCCUGCGUGCACCGCUUCGCCGUCGACCUCAACAAGAUGAGCCAGCACAUCAAGAACCGCACUGUCUCCCAAAUCCGCACGACCCUCAAGAAGAAGGCUUUCGAGGACGCCGGCAUCCCGGUGCGGCAGGUAACCCCCGGGAACAAUCCGCCGCCGCCCGCACAGGUGACUCUGAACAUGCUGAACGCCCCGGAGAACGAGGUGGACGUGGAAGGCCUCACCAGCGAAGUGAAGCUCGAGUUCGAGGGCAGCAGCGAAGAGGUGGCCACAUGAAACUGGGACGGGUGUUACUAAACCGACCGUUCCCCGAGUGCUCGCUUACAUCGGACUGUGUGUGAAGUGUUUAUACAGCGUUUCAACAAAUGCAACAUCUGACACAAACAAAAACUACCCUUAGAGCUGAUUUUU